UUCGAGUGCCUAUAAAUUGUUUAGGAGAAAUUAUAUAUGCAAUUUUUCUUUAGAGCACUAAACUAAUUUGUCUCUUACACACCUACACACACUAAAUGGUUCAAUUGAGUGUUAGCAAGAAAAGUUGCUUUUUAAUGUUAUGUUUCAUAUUGUUCUUAUUUUGCCACCCACAAGUAAAACAGUCAGUCUGAACUGAACCUAUCGCUCACAUACACUUUAACACAUUUAACGGGUAUACCAUAAUGCAUUUCCUAUAAUGUAAUGUCAUGUUCAAAUUAAAUAAGGAAUAAUAAUAUUCAAUGGCAAGAGGGUUUGUUUCUUUGUUCACAAUUUUGUUGUAUAUUUUCUAUGAACAAAGUAGCUCGGUUUUCAGAUAUCGUAAUAGCUCUUGAGUUUUUGUUACACAAUUUCAACAUUAAAUGAUACAAGACCUGAAUUGACUAAAAAGUCGCUAAUUUUACAUUUCAUUCAGUCAUACAUAGAAAACCUGGCAAACAUCACUUCAUUUUGACAGUAACAAAGACCCAGUGCUCUGUUUCUCACACACACACACACAGAGUGUGUGAAGUAAAUCUUGGUGUCUAUAGUAAAAUGCAACCCAAAUAAGCACUUUCUCCAGGUACUGAAGGUAAAUCAAUGCACUAAAAUGCAACAAAGGACACUGCAGAAAGACGCGAAAAUAAGCAGCAGAAGAGGGUCUCUCCUCUCCACGUGUGAACGCAUAUCAUGGCAGCCUCUUCGGAGAGAGGGGAGGAGUAACCACACACACACACACACAUUUCCACACACACUCGCUCCGCCAUGCUAGUACGGAGGCUAUGCUCUCGUCGCUGCUCUCUGACCCCAGUGGCAGUCCUUUCUUCCUCUACUGCGGUCUAGACUCAAUCCCCCUCUCCGCCAGUCAGAGCCAGGGUCUCGCCGCCUGCCUGCGCCGCUUCUUCCGCGUCUCGCCGCCAGCUUCGCCGGAGGGUCUCCCAGGGUCGAGGGUCCUGCCCCUGCCGGGCUCAGAGUGCCACCUCCUCGGCUACCGACAUCUGCAUUCCCCGGCGUGUAUGGAGCAACAUCUUUAGAGAUAGUACCUCAUCUUCCAUCUCGGCACUUUCAAGGGUUCUUUUCCGUGUUUAAGGAUGUUGACUGCGUGGGUCGCUCCAGGGUCCUGGUGAAGUGUCUCAUGUGUCACGUGGAGAAAGAAUGGCCCACGGAAUGCCGUCACAAGGCAAAGUGACCAUCUCGGUGGACGAGUACAGCUCCAACCCCACUCAGGCCUUCACCCACUACAACAUUAACCAGAGCCGCUUUCAACCGCCACACGUGCAUAUGGUGGACCCCACCUCGUACGACAGUCCCAAGCCGAGUGGCCACACGCGUUUUGUGUGUGUGUCGGACACACACUCUCGGACAGAUGGCAUCCAGAUGCCUUACGGGGAUGUUCUGCUGCACACGGGGGACUUCACCGAGCUGGGCCUGCCCUCGGAGGUCAAGAAGUUUAACGACUGGUUAGGCAGCCUUCCAUAUGAGUUUAAAGUGGUGAUCGCUGGGAAUCAUGAGCUGACCUUCGAUAAGGAUUUCAUGUCGGAGCUGGUCAAGCAGGAUUACUAUCGCUUUCCCUCCGUGUCCAAGUUGAAACCCGAGGACUUUGACAAUGUUCAGUCUCUCCUGACAAACUGUGUUUACCUGCAGGACUCUGACGUCACCGUCAAAGGCUUUCGAAUAUAUGGCGCGCCAUGGACGCCGUGGUUUAAUGGCUGGGGUUUUAACCUGCCCAGGGGACAGUCCCUGCUCGAUAAGUGGAACCUCAUCCCAGAGGGCAUUGAUAUUCUCAUGACCCAUGGGCCACCCCUCGGUUUUAGGGACUGGGUACCGAAGGAGCUGCAAAGAGUUGGGUGUGUUGAGCUGUUAAACACAGUCCAGAGGAGAGUCCGGCCCAAGCUCCAUGUCUUCGGAGGAAUUCAUGAAGGUUACGGCAUUAUGACAGACGGGUACACGACAUUCAUCAACGCCUCUACCUGUACAGUCAGCUUUCAACCCACAAACCCUCCCAUCGUGUUUGACCUCCCAAACCCCCCCAGCUCUUGAGACGCCUGUGAACAUUGCCGUAUUCUCCUUUACCCCUUAUGUUUUCUAAAACUACUUUUUAAAGAAAAGAUAUUUGAAUGUUUCUUUUAAAACCGGCAGUCUUUUGCUAAAAGAUUCAGUGGAGGUUUCUGAUGACAGAUGAGGUCAUGGAGGUGUCGCGAACAGAAGUGGUGAACAAUCUUAUGAAAAGAUCUGAUUAAGUCUGUAAAAUAAUACGCUUUGUGAAUUUGUAAAAUUGUCUCUUUUUUUGUCAAUAUUCGAAGUAAGUUGGUAUGGGAUGCCAUUGUUCAUUUUGUAUAAUCUUUUUUUUUUUUUUUUAGGAUAAUUAAGCUUUCUUUUUGCUGACAGGGAUAAUGCCUUAAACUAGCUUUAAGUUCCUCCGGCUGGAGCCCCUUCUUUCUGCUAGCCAAGAGAAAGCGUCAUAUUUAUUGUUUUUUUUAUCCAAAAGUAAGGGGGUUUCUCUUUUUUUAGUGCUUUUUUUUUGUUUUUGUUUUUUUUUUUUGCAUUCAAAGAACACUUUCUUACAAGCGCAGGGAAGACAUGGAUGCAUUUUAACUCAUGUAUAUUCUGGAGCGCCUCAUUCUGCGUAUUGGAAAAUGUCUUAAAAUAUGAGUAUAUCUAUAUGUAUGCGUGUAAGCUGUAAAAUCUCUAACUAAAAUUGUGUUUGUUCUAAGCCUCUUGAAGAAUAUCAUUUUGCCUGUAAGUGAUGACUUAAAGUGCGUGAAGCGCACACAAUGCUCUUUUCUGUUUUCAUGAAAUGUUCCUCUGAAGCUCUUUCAGUGUUGCCUACUUUACGGCGUAUUGUUCCAUACAAUAAACAAGUACUCGAGUUAAAAUUAUUUUAAUGUACAAUCUCAAAGGUUGUUUUUUUUUUUUUCUUUGAACCUGCCGAAACCAGGUUUAGUUGUCCUUUGAUAUCUUGCAUAUGAUAGUUUUUGUUUUUCUCCUUUUUUUUUUUUUCUUAUAGUUUUGCACUGUGUAAAUGCAGUCUUGCUAGCACAAAAAAAAUGAUGCCAAUGGUUGUUUCAACUCUUGCCACUGUAAAUGCCUCUCAGCUUUUCUUUCAGAUACAUUCUCCUUCCUGGGAUAGUUUAGAUACAUUUCUUCUUUUUUAUUUUUAUUUUAUUUUUUUUUGUCUUCAGGUUUCAUUGUGAUAUAUUUAGCUGCCUUUAUAUGCAAAAUAAAAUUGCAAGAUUUUUACUUCUCAA